AUGGGCAAAACGCUGUGGGCUUCGCUCACUUCCCAAGCGGCCGCCGCGAACUGGACAGCACUUGAUGCCGAGAUUCCUGGAGUUGUUCGACUCACCGACGCCACCUACGAGUCUGUCUUUGAGGAGAGCCAGCCUCAGGACGUUUGGAUCGUUCUCGUCCACGGAAAGGAGAGCGAGCCGCUCUCCAAGGCGUUCCUCGAGAUCCAGAAGAAUGCCAGUCUGCUGUUCGACGAGGAGCGCGAGUCUGCCGAGCCACGCCAGCCCUCUGGUCUCUCCGCCGAGGUCAACUUCAAGUUUGGCCGUGUCGACUACUUUGAGGAGUACCACCUCUGCACGCGAUGGCUCAUCUUCCGCGCGCCCAUCAUGGCCAUUGUCACCGACCGCGGAUCAGUUCUCCGCUUUGUCAAGCCCAACAACAUUUCGCCAACAGGAGAGUUCCUCUACAAGGCUCUCUCGGGCGACCACUGGCGCGAAGUGCCUGUUUGGGAAGGGAGCCUGAGGCCUGGGGGCAGCAAUGGUUGGAUCGUCGAGAAGUACCUGUGGGCUGUGGACGAGUGGACUCGCCUCACCAAGGACGUGCCCAAGGUCGUCUGGCUCCUGCUGAUGCCCACUGUCGGUCAAUUCAUCAUGACCUGGCUCCACAGUGGGAACCAGCCCCAGGCUGCCGGACCACAGGGUGGUCAGCGACCCCCGCAGAACGCCAAGACUGAGUAA